CAUGUGGACCCUUAAUUAUUUAUUCAAAAGGUCUAGCUGUUGGAUAGUGCUGUAUAGUCACUGCGGGACUGUUGACUCUACUUUUCAAUUGUAAUCAGUUUUUAGAGAAAAUCUUGAAAAGGUUUUAGAGACAAUAUUUAUAUAAUGUAAAAGAAUAUUGAUAAAUGGCACGCGAGUUAUCGUAUAGUAGCUCUCAAAAAUCAGCGCAAGUUCUUAUAUAAAUGGCCAGUAGCUCUCAAAUUUUGUACAGCACAAAAACACGAAUAUUUAAUACCUCUAAAAUUUAUAAUCCUUUUUCUUUUUUUUUUUCCCUGGGUAACCAAUGGUGGUUGACUAUUUUCUUUCUUGAUUCAAGCAAAAGCGCGCACAAUCGUAAUAUUGCCCCCAACAGUGAUGGAGGAGAGAUCACACUAUCUGGGCUCAAUGCCCAUUGGGUUCUGUCUGUUGUAUUGCGAUAAGGUGUUCGAUGAAAUGUUCGAUCCAAAUUGCAAUUGAAACAAGUUGAAGUAUGUGUUGGGUUCGAGGGUAUUGUCAAUGUUUGAUGGUGGCCGGCUACAUAUAUGCCGUAAGAUUAAGACAUGCAGUGAGUCUUGUGUUUGAACUAAUGAUCUUCUUUGGCCUGUUGGCUUUGAUGGAUCAAAUGAGCUAUGAAUGACAAUGCCUUAUUUGAUACAUACUCAGAUAUUGCAAUUUUAGAUUUGAUUUUCUUGUCCUUAGCCUUCGAUUGCAAGAAUUUCAAGAGACAGUAACCAGAAGAAAGGGACAAGGUUAGUCUUCGAUUGCAAGAAUUUCCAGUUAUUAUUUCUUGGAUUGCAACAUAUACAGCUUGCAUUCUUUGGAAACAACAGUUCCAAUUUGUCUGAGCAUGAAAUGUAACAUUUUACCGUGUGGUCAUAAUUUUGUGCAUGUUCUAUUGCAGUCAGCCCUCCACCAUAUAGGAGGAGAUGGUGGAAAGGACAAAUGAGGCCGCCUUCCAAUAGCUUAGAUUCUGUUGGUUGGUGUGCAUGGGUCGUAAAAGAAUCUUCCAGUUGAAUUCUAUAGGACAUUAUCUUUGGGAUUUUUGUCUUUCAUGUCCAGUUGAUGUUUCCAAUGAUUCUCCUUUGUUCUGAUUAAGAAUGGGAGACAUUGAUGAGCUGUGAGCAAAAGAUGGAUUUCUCUAGCUUGGAUUGGAACAACUUUUUUCCUUGGUACUAAAGUACUCAAAGACCUUGUUUGUCUCAUUAAACUAUAACAACUUCGAUCCAUCUUAUCCUUGCCAAAAAAAACUUUUAUCCAUCUAUUUCUGCUAAUCUUCAAAGGAGCAUGGAGUUAAUCUUUUCUCGUGUAUGGUGUUCUACACUGAUGUUGAUAUUAUUAGUUACCAUGUGCAGUUUAUCAGGCAUCAUACUUUUCCUUUCUUGUUUCUUCAUUUCAUUUGAUCCGAGAGAUCUCCUUUUGGCUAAAUGAGAUGCACUUCUUUGGUUUGCAGAUUGCUAUGACCCCUUGGAUCCAAAUGGAAAUAUCACGAUUACAUUCGACAUACCUCAGUGGACAGAUGAUGGCUAUGUGGCAAGGGUAAACAUCCAAAACUUCUAUCUGUAUCGCCAUGUGGACAAACCUGGUUGGAACCUUGGCUGGACAUGGACCAACAAUGAGUUCAUCUGGUCAAUGUCUGGUGCCUUUGCUACCCAAGAAGGGGACUGCUCAUCCUUCAGGCCCCCGACACCACACUCCUGCAAGAAAAACCCUAUUAUAGCUGAUCUCCUACCAGAGGCCUUGCCACAAAACAAGUCAGAGGACUGCUGUCGCGGUGGCCUUCUUGCUGCCUGGGCUAUCGACCCUUUGAAGUCAUUCUCUUCUUUUGAGAUCAAGGUUGGCAACUUGGGGAAUUUCUCCGCGUACAAGCCUGUAAAUCUUACUUUACUAGCACCAGGACCUGGUUACACUUGUGGCCCUCUUGUUACCACUGAUCCCACAGUUUCUUCAAGUAUUGGAGGCAGAAGAGAAGAACAAGUUUUCAUUACAUGGAGAUCAACAUGCACCUAUUCUAGUUAUGUGGCUAAUAAAACACCAGUAUGCUGUGCUUCACUCUCAUCGUUUUAUAAUCCGACCAUCACAUCAUGCCCCAAUUGCAGCUGUGGAUGCCGAGCAACAGACCAGAGUAGUACUAAAUGCGCUAGAGAAAGUUCUCCUUUAUCAGUGGCGAAUGCUCUUUACAAUCGACCUGAUCCUGACAUUGUGCAAUGCUCUGAUCAUAUGUGCCCACUUCGAGUUCAUUGGCAUGUUAAGAACAACUACAGGGAUCACUGGAGGGUGAAACUGACAAUCUCUAACUAUAAUUAUGGAAGAAACUACUCAGACUGGAAUGUGUUAGUUCAGCAUCCAGGUUUCAGUCAAUCUAUUCGAACCUAUAGCUUCAACAGUACAGUGCUUCCUACUGCUGGCAUAAAAGAUGAAGUCGUGCUCUUUUGGGGGUUAGAAUUCUACAACAAUGAACUGUUGCAAGCUGAUGAGAAGCAGCUGGGUUCGCUCACAACAGAGAUACUUUUGGAAAAGGAUUCUGACUCAUUUACAUUAGGAAACGGAUGGGCCUUUCCUAGAAGAAUAUAUUUCAACGGUGAGAACUGUGAGAUGCCACCUCCAGACAAUUUCCCGAUGCUACCAAAUGGUAGCUCCAGUCAAAAACCUACUCGUCGCCAGUUCCUCCUCCUCUUUCUGAUCUAUAUGACUUUCAAAACACUAAUUGCUUGAUUUUAGUAAAUUUUUUGUAUGCGUACUAUCCAACAUUUUUGAGUUAUGCUUGCAUAAGAUUUUAUCUAAUGUCUGCACAUGCCUUCAUUUCUAAUUUCCUCAAGUCAUGCUUGUAUUGGCCUAUGUUGUCAAAGGACCAAACUCAGAUAAUUUGUAAAUGAGUGCAUAUAAAUGAGUGCAUAUAAUCAUAUAUGAAGUGUUUAUUCGUUACAA